GUGUGUCAUUCGUCGGUCAAGUUGCCACCACUGUGGAGAGACGUUACCUGUACAGUACAAGUAUUUUGUACACUAUUAGAAAUGAAUCUAUCUGGAUUUUAGCUAAGCAGUGGCAGUGUAGAAAUCCAAUGUAGCUGCACAAACCAAGAAUAAUUUGACCCUGUUUGUAGUGUAGUUGUACGUAUCGUCCCUACCGGCAAGAUGUCUCGCGGCGACAAAUCCAAAUCUGCGAGCUUUCUGAAAACUAUGGACAAAAUGCUUGCUGGUACCUCCAAGAAAAAGACAGUUGGGAAGGAACGUGGCAGCCACCUUCCUAGACCAAACUCUGACUUAGAACUUAAUGAAAUAGAAGAAGACCAGUACAACAUCGAUAACCUUGGUGAUGAAGAGGUCAAAGAACGGUUCCAGCAGAUGUUAUCCGACAUGAAUAUUCCUAAUGAGAGUGUCAUGAUGAAGACACCAGUGGAAAAAAUGAGGAUUAUGUUGGCCAGUAAUCAUAAGAUGAUGGCUCAGACCCAACACAAAUUUGAGACGCCCACAGACUACAUAGAGUACUUGAAGCGUGAUGACCUCAGCGUAAAAGCAAUCUUCAAAACUCUUGAGAGUUUACAAGUAGCUCUUCGCAGUAACCGUAUACAAUGGGUGCAAGAAUUUAGUCGAAAGGGUCUAAGAACCUUAUUAAGUAUUCUUAACGAGUGUUACAGAAGUGGGCAAGAUAGUGGAAACAAUAACAAACACUGGGACAGUGUUCAGUAUGAAGCCAUCAAAUGCCUCAAAGUAAUCUGCAAUAAUAUAAUGGGCAUUAAGGAGUUUUUUGGCCAACCAGAAGGAUUCACACUCCUGGCACAGAGUCUUAAUCCAUCCAAGCCAGCAAUUAUGUUGGAAGUGCUCAGACUUAUGGGAAGUUUCUGUCUACCUCUGUGGCAGCAGGAUGCACUCGAUGGUCACCGAGAAGUUCUUGAUGCAAUUACCAUCGUAGGAGAACUUAAGAAGCAGGAGAGGUUCACACCCAUCAUUGUGGGGCUGGGCAUGCAGGGUAAUGACCCCCUAAGGCUCAGCUGUCUUGUCCUUGUCAAUGCCCUCAUCAAUUUUGUUCCUGAUGAUAAUUUGGACUUUAGAUUGCAUUUAAGAAAUGAAUUCAUGCGAACAGGUUUACAAGAUUUACUGGAGAUCUUACAAAGUAGUGAGCAUGCAGAUAUAAAAAAGCAACUAGAAAUUUUUGACAAGGAACGGUUAGAAGACUUUGAGGACUGGCAAGAUAGAUUUUUCACACACGUAGAUGAAAUGGAAGACCUGGGUAGGUGUUUUGAUAUCGUGCGACAUCAGGUUCAAGACUCAAACUGUGAGACACCCCUCCUGUCCAUCUUGCAGCAUUUGGCAUUCAUCAGGGAUGAUGAAAAUGUUAGAUCUGCUUAUUAUAAGAUCAUAGAAGAGUGUGUUUCACAGAUAGUCUUACACAGAAAUGGAUGUGAUCCAGACUUCCGUGCCACAAAGAGAUUUGAGAUUAAGGUAGAUCAGCUCUUAGAUCAGUUCAAGGAAGAAACUCGUUCAAAGAAUGAAAAAUUUGCUACAGAAUAUCAAAUACAAUUAGAAGAAGCUCUUACCAAAAAUCAGAAACUAGAAGCAGAACUGUCACUUGCAAAAACUAGGUUGGAGGAGGCUCUUAAGCAUGGCGGAGAUCCCACUAAAAAGGGAGGUUUACCAACAGUGCCAGGUUUAGAGCAGAUGAUGGGUGGCCCACCUCCUCCACCUCCACCAACAGGUGGGGGUGGUCCACCACCACCACCACCUCUACCACCAGGCAUGGGUGGCCCACCUCCUCCUCCACCACCACCAGGCAUGGGUGGCCCACCUCCUCCUCCACUACCACCAGGCAUGGGUGGCCCACCACCUCCUCCACCACCACCAGGUAUGGGUGGGGGUCCUCCGCCACCCCCUCCACCACCAGGCAUGGGUGGUCCACCACCACCACCACCCAUGGGUAUGGGUGGCCCACCUCCUCCUCCAGGCAUGCCAUUUAUAAAAGGUCCUGCCCCCAAUGUCCUCCCAUAUGGUAUGACUUUGAAAAAAACUGUUAAGCCUUCUGCUCAAACAAAGCGUCUUCAGUGGAGUAAGUUAUUGCCAGUUAAAAUGAGUGAAAAGAGUCUUUGGGUUCGUCUCAAUAAGAAGGAAAAUAAAAUCAAACAAGAUGUGUUAAAAGACCUUAGUGAGCAGUUUGCAGUGAAACAGGUGAAAAAGAAAGCUGUAGAUCAAAUUGACAAAACUGCCAAGAAGGAUAAAGAGUUGAGAGUACUAGACCAAAAAACGAACCAGAAUCUGUCUAUUGCCUUACGUGGCCAGUUCAAGCACAUGAGCUUAGACGACAUACGGCUUGCCAUAUUACAGUGUGAUGAAGGAAUCCUGUGUACAGACUCUUCUGGCCAUAUUGACUCUUCUACUCUUCAGACUUUAAUUGCUGCCCUACCUGACCAUGAGAUAAUUAAGAAACUAGUAAAUGUGGAAGAUAAUGAAGAAGAUUUGGCUGAAGGAGAACGUUUCUUGCAUAAGAUUGGCAAGAUUAAGAAACUAGUGCCUUUAUUGAGGAACAUGGCUUUCAAAACAGAGUACCCAUCAUUAGUUAAAGAAACAAGGCUCGACAUUGUCAAUACUAAAGCAGCUCUUGAUGAAUUGAUUAACUCCAAAAAGUUUGAGAAGGUUUUAUCUUACAUUCUUGAGUUUGGCAAUGUUCUCAAUGCUGGGUCAAGAAAUGCAGACACGUUAGGCUUUGACAUUAGUUUUCUACCCAAGCUGGCAAACACAAAAGAUGCAGAGGGGCACACAUUGUUACAUUACCUCGCUGAAACAUUGGUUAAAGAAGAAACAGAUAGUGCCGAUUUCGAAGAUGGACUUUUGCAUUUCUCUGAUGCAGAACGUGUGAAUGUUGAUAACGUAAAGGCAAACAUUGGUAAGAUGAAGAAAGAAAUAAAGAAUAUUGGCAAUGAUCUCCAUAGACAUACCAAGCAGGAUCCAGAAGACAGAUUUCAAGAAAGGUUUGAAGAGUUUCAUAGAGCAGCAGAAGAAGACCUGGCUCUCCUUGAGACUGAGUUUGAAAUGAUGCAGAAGAAGUACAUUGAGGUAUCUGAACUGUUUACCUUUGAGGUUAAUAAAUACGCUCAGGAGGAUUUCUUCAGAGACAUCAAUGAAUUCAUUCUUUUAUACAAAAAAGCCAAAGAACAUGUCAUUAAGGAGGAGGAGAAGCGUCAGAGGGACCGGGAGGCUCGUGAACGUGCUGAACGGGACAAAGUGGACCGUGCCGAGAGAGACACCAGACAACGGGCCCUUCAUGACGUCACCAACGACCAGAGCAACACCGAAGUCAUGGAUCAGCUGGUUCAACUUAUCAACACCGGCCAGGCCUUUGAUGUGAUGGGAGCCGGUCGCAGACGGCGCCCCGGGAAGACGACAGCCGAGAGAAGGGCCCAACUGAAUCGGAGUCGUUCUCGUUCAGGUUUAGUCACGCAGUCGCCAACUAGCAACAAAGAAAUUAAACUAACUGAUACAAUUGACAUUGACGUGGAGAACCAGCCAUCCCGAACAUCACGUCCCCGCACCCGCCGACCCGGUCUUCCCACAGGGCUGGAGUCUCGGGAGAGAAAUUUCAACCAACAGACAACAGAGAAUGGUGGCGAUGCACCUGAUGCCCUAUUGCAAAGGUUAAGGGAUCUUUAGGUGCAAUCAAUAAGAUACUGAAUACAGUAUUCAGUGUUUGAUAACAUAAAAGGAUAUUUAGCUACAUACACAAGACUAAACUUCCUUUGAUAUUUAGUGAAAAAUUAUAAUUAUUUUUUUUUAAUUAUUAAGAAUAUUGUAAAUGGAAAUGUUCAUAAUAUAACCUAAUUAGGGAACCUCAUUAGGUAUAUUAAAUUUUUCUUUUUUAUUAAAUAUAAACAAUUACAGAAGUGAAUUUUGACUGAAACAUUUGUGAUAAGAAAUGUUGGAAGUAUGCAAUACACAUUUAUUAUUAGUUAUAGCUUGUAUAUGUAUAGAAUCCCUGAAAUAUAGUCUUUCAAAUAACAGAACCCAAUCUAUGCUCUAUAUUUAGAAUACUGUAUAAGCAGAUUGAAACAGGAGGUAGUUACAGUAAUUGGUAUCCCAAUAAGAAAAUUAAAACCUCUUCUAAUGUCUUUUUGAACUUGUGUUGCAAAGAAUUACUACUACAUAAAGGGACUUGGUGUUGUUCAUAGCUGGAGACAGAGCACAUGAUAUAUCCAGCCUUUACAUCAUAGGUUUUCCUCCAAUUUUGUACAGAACAGAACAUUAUUAUUUAUGUAAAGAUUUCAUAAAUUUUAUUUUAUUUCUUUCUGGAUAUGAAAUGAAAUGCUUGACUUUUGACAGAGAGGAAUGCUUAAGGAAUUUCUGUGUCAUUUCAUCCAUAAAUAUUUAUCUGCUUUUUGUAUCGUCCAGGACAUGCGAAGGUCCUGUUAGUCAUUAACCUUAAUACAUUUAGUAUACAAAAUAUUUACCCUUAAUUUGACCGCUCAGUAUAAUAAUGAAUUUAACGAUAAUAACAACCUGGGUUCCAGAUAUUACGCCAGAACUGUGUGUAAGAGAGGUGUGUGUGUUUAGUUAUAUUUGUAUAGCAUUUUGCAAAUGUAUUUUUAGUAUUGUCAUAGCUUUGAGUAGGGCAUUGUUGGCUGCGCUCUUGCUGCCUCGGCACCUUUUGAAUAACACAAUGCGGUAAUAAUGAUAUCCAAGAAAACCUUUUGUUAUAUGUAAAGGGUAAAGUUGAAAAUAGAAUUCAGCUGGUAAUCAUGUUUUGCAAGUUAAAGCUAAAAUUCACCUGAUAAACUUAUGUUGCAAGCUAAGAAUUAACUUUCAGCUGGCAAUCAGUACACUGUUUUCCAUGAAUGUGUGUGGCAUUAUGUCGAUGAGGGAGGAUUUACUAAGUCAGCUAGAAUUGUUAUACAUAAAGUUGAAGUGUGGAACCCAAGUGUACAGUAUAUAGUUAUACUUUAUUAUUAUUAUUAUUAUUAUUAUUAUUAUUAUUAUUAUUAUUAUUAUUAUUAAAAUUGCCUUUAAAUAGUAAUCAGCCUCAAAUUAUUAAGUAGAAAGCACAAAAGAUAUUACAGUCAAUAAUUUUAAUAUUGAACGCAGCCUUUUUUGUGAAGGCCAAUAACAAACCAACCCGUGUAUGGGAAGAGGUUCUCUUAAGUGCAUCUCAUGUGUGUAUGUUUGGUUACCUCAUUAGACUAGAAAGGUUGCUUAAAUAACACUUCCUAUACGAAGGCAACCAUAACGGUUCCGGUGAUAUUAAAAAAAAAAGUAUGUGAUACCAAUGAGUCGCAUUAUUUACUUCCAUCAUGCUUGUGCCUUGAUAGUUUCUCCAGUCUGUUAUUAGCACAUGUUUGGGGCGAUUGACGUAGAAUGAAAUUUACUGUUAGCAUUCCUUUUCCCCCAUAAUAGACUACACAGGAUAAUUUGAUGAGGUUGUACUUCAGUUCUUCUCUUUGUGUUGGACUGCACAGAUAUGACAAUUGGAUUUGCUUAAGGAAGAAUUUUUUUGUCCAAGAAACAAGACCAGUUUUUUUAUUCAGUUUUACAGUAAACAUAACAUGUUCAGUAGUAUAUGGUACACUUAUUGAUAAACACCGAAUUUUCAUCAACUCUCAUUUAGCAGUUUCACAGGUACUUAUAUGCACUGUACUUACCAAUAUUAUGUUGGAUGUUAUGUCACCUACUAGUUAAUUUAUACUUCCUUGCACAAACUUUUCUUGCAGUUCAUAUAUCACUUUAUUGAUAAGGAGUUUAAUACCUUUUCUAGCUCACCAUUUACAGUAAUAGAUGCCAGUGGCCACAUGUGUUCCUGUAGGUUUUACAUGGCGAUAGCGUACCAAAAACUGUAGGUAAUAUUGUACAAAUAAUGCUGUUCAACCUUCUAAACUAGAGUAUUAUUUAACAGUGAAGCAUAACAUUCUUUUGUCCGUGACUUAACCCUGAAGGUGUUAAGAGGUUUUUUUUUUUUUUCACGUGUGCACAAACAAAACAAAAAAUAAUCUAAAAAUGGGAUUACAACUGAAAGCUUGAUGGAGAUGUAAUCCUGGGUGCAUUUUAAUUUGAGCAUCAAGCUUUACAGUCUUAGUAAUUUGUAGCAUUAUAUUGUCUUUUGUAAUGAGUCUGAAUCGCAUUGCAAGGGAGAAAGUAUUUAGAUUAUUUUAAGGAAACUUACUUUUAUGACAAAACAAUACCUAUUUACUUUACUGUGGUGGGAUACGAUAGAUUGUGUUAGUGCACUGAUAUGCAUAAUCUCAAACUUGGGUUAAGUGAGUCUGACAGGCAUACAGUACUAAGCACCUUGUUUAAAUAUCUAUUGCAACGAAAGAAAUUUAAGCAAUUGUGUGAUAAGAUUUGUCACUGCCAUGUUAGAAACACUUUUUAUCUUUACCAUAUGGGAGAAUAUACCAGGCUGUCAGAGCAUUUGUCCCUCCUAGUGCUGUGUGUUGCAGUACUCUAGUUGUAGGGUUUCUCAGCUAUUGGAUUCAGCAAAAAUUGUAUAGAAAAAGUUACUUUAGCUGUUCAUUUAUGUCAGACCUUUUGUUGCUGUUCAUAAUAUCAUCUCUUAUGGCUGAAACAGUGUGUUGGCCAGAGAGCAAUAAUGACAAAUUAUUAAACUGAAAUUGUAUAGUACCCAAAGCAGUUAAUUAUAAGUAGUUGCAGUAUUAGUAGAUUUGUCAGCUUUGCACAGAUUAAAAGUAAACACAGAUUCUUUCUAAAUUAAUAUGGUUGUUUUUGGAUAUAUUUCUUGACACUGCACAUGUUGUAGAUUGUCUGUUCAAAAAAUAUAAAUAGUCCUCAGUUUUAGAAUUAGAUAUUACAUCAUUAGAAGACAUCGGUAAGGUUACUGUGAAUGUUCAAAGUAAAAGUUUUAAUCAUGUUACAAGUUAGCAGAAGAGUUGAGUGUACAGUAUACUGUAUGUUUAAUGUGGUAUAUGGUGCUUACCAUCUUGAAUUCGUUUAAAUGGACACGGAAACGCUGCACACACCAUCAAUGGUUGACGCUGGUAAUAUCUCUGAGAUUGUAUACGACUUGGUCAUUAACACAGCGGGAAAGAGAAUGAUAAUGUCUUUUGUCUCCUUUGUUCUUAAUGUUUGUAUUUAGUUUAGGAUCUCAUUCAAAACUUGGGUUGACUAGGUUAUAUUUCAUAUUUAUAACCAGCAGAAAAUAUAAAUUUUUAUAAUUUGAACACAGAUUCUUUAUUCAUCAAUGUUGCUCACUAAGAUGGACUAAA